GUUCGAUCUGACGCCAUGUUGUGAUACUUUAGCGCCACCUGUCGGCAAAAUGGCGGUUUAUCUGCCGCUUUGUCCCAACAACCCGCCUCUGUUUUGUUUCUAGAAACUAGCUUCAUCCAUCAUGGCGAUGCAUGCGAAGGCGACUCCGCCACAGAUCCCGGACACCCGCCGGGAGCUGGCUGAACUGGUGAAGAGGAAACAAGAACUCGCUGAGACGCUGGUGAACUUGGAAAGACAAAUAUAUGCAUUUGAAGGCAGCUACCUAGAAGACACCCAGAUGUAUGGUAACAUCAUCAGAGGAUGGGACCGGUACCUCACCAACCAAAAAAACUCCAAUAGUAAGACUGAUCGAAGGAAUAGGAAAUUCAAGGAGGCAGAGCGUUUAUUCAGCAAGUCUUCUGUCACAUCAGUUGCAGCGGUAUGUGCACUCGGUGGGAUUCCUGAUCAUAUGAAUGAAAAACGUGAGGCGGGCAGUGGCACAGAAAGUGACGGCUCUCCAGAUCUCCAGAACCAAGAGAACGAGCCCAGUCAGGAGGACACAGAAGAUGUGGACUCAACGUUGCAGGACCUAAAGCCUCAGAAGGCUGCCUCAUCUUCCUCCUCAGGCAGCCAUCAUGCUAGCCACAAGAAGAGGAAGAACAAAAAUAGACACAGGAAAAAGACUAGUCCUGUUGGGAAAGUUUCCUUGAGAUGCUCUUGGUCUAAGAAGAAGGCCAAUGCACCCUUCUGCCAUGUUUGAUUAUGACUUUGAAUUUGACAUGAAGGUUAACAAGAAGCCGAGAGCUGAUUAUUCAACUUAACAAGGAUGACUGGAACACCGGGACACACAUGAAGACAUACAUACGUGUAAAGAAACACAAGAUUUCUGGACUUUUAUGCCUUUUGAUUUUCGGUUGUCAUAUUUCAGCCUGUACUGUGUGUAUUGCUUGAAACAUUCCCCUGCCACCUACCUUUGGUCGUGGUUAAGAUGUUUGACCUACCAAUUAAGUAGAUAUAUGAUGUUGCAUGUUACUUGAGCCCUGAUGAGGCCCACCUCCAGUAACACACCAUCUUGUAUAGUGUUAAAAAAGAUUGUAUUUAUUAUGUAGUUAAUUUCCAUGUUUCCCAUUGUCAGAAAGUUGUUUUUUUGUUAAAUGUCACAUGGUCGUGUAACAUUUGUAAACCCCGGAUUCUUUUAUUACAUGGAUUGUUUUUCAAAAAAAUAAAAUACCAGUAACAUGAA